GACGAAGCAGAAGUACAGUUUGUUACCAUUUCAUUCAUUUGCCUUCCUUCCCCUCUCGAUGGAGGGAGACAAACAAACGCACGAUGAGAAGCAGUCAUCAGAGGAAGAAUCAAUUCGGAGAGAGGAUCCCGAAACUGAGAAACCGACACCGGAGAACACUGGUGGAUGGGGCUGGGGGUUCUCUGUGCUCUCAGAUCUUCAAAAAGCCGCCGAAGAUUUAUCUCGUAAUGCUGCAGCAGUGGCAGAGAAAGCAGCGAAAAGCAUUGCGGAUAUGCAAGAAGCGGAUGAAGACUCAGAAUCUUCUGCCAAGGAAGAAGAGAUAACUGAUACAGAGCAGGAUAGUGAUGAUGAGAGUGACAAGUUAAAGAAGUUAGCUUUAGGCAAAUUGGAGGAUGCAAGUGAAGAGUCUCUUCUUAGCCAGGGUUUGAAGGUUUUCGAUGAUUCAGUUGAGAGUUUCACUUCUGGAGCUUGGAUGGCGCUAGGAAAUGCGCUAAAAGGAGGCACAAGUUUGGUGCAAAAGCUUGAAGACAGUGUCCAGCAAGGUUCUUCGCCUAGGGAAGCUGGAUCUGGUGCACCGUCUCUAUUGGAGACGGGAAAAGCAUUAACUGCCAAAGGAAUGCAAGUUCUUGAGUUUGUUGGCAAGGAGACUAUGGAUUUAUUGAUUACAGAGACUGGUCUCGGAAAUGAGAAGAACAGGGAUCAAAUGAUGGAGGAAGUGACGUUUGAUCGAUGCUUUUACAUUUAUGGUGGUCCUGAGCAGCUCGAGGAAUUAGAAGCAUUGUCAAGCCACUAUACUCUGUUGUUCAACAGGAGAAAGGGGAAACUGUCGCAAGAUGAGAAAGUGUUGUUUGAUGGGACGCUCAAACAGAUCCAGCAACUAUUCAGCUUCGCUGAUGAAAUGAGUGGACGUAAAGCAGAGUCUGACAAAGGGAAGAAAAUAGAUAUUAACACCGAAGGCAAUGAUGAUGACAUGAAGAAUCUGUACAACUCCAGCGUCAGCAAAGCUGCUGAUAUGGCUGCUGGGUUCACAAACGCUUUAGCGGGUCUAAACAUAAACGAUACGAUCCAGCGGACCGGUGGCAGGCUUGACUCUCUUCACUCAGAAGGAGUUCAUGGACUUUCUGAGAUGUGCUGUUUUGCAGUCACUCAUCUGCUUAUUCUCGGUAAAUCCAUGACAUCUCAUGCCAACAGAGUUGAGGAUGAAGACGCUGAGACAUUAAAAAUCGAGUGGCCAGAGGAUCCCACUGAAAAAGCUAGGCUGAUUAGAGGUAAGGCAGAAUUGAUGGCUGGAUAUGUGGAAGCAGUUUCCAACAGUUUUAUAACAGGUAUAUCAGAUGUCUCUGAAACAUUCUCAGCUGCGAUCAAAGGAGCUGCCGCUGAUGAUUCCAAAGAUGAACUUCUGAAAACAUCAACCAUGGAGGAAAAGGCAAGCACUUUCAACAAUAGUCUUCGCUCUGACCAAACCACAGCUAUCACAAAGAUCCAGGAAGGACUUCAAUACCUGUCCUAUGUCGUGAUAACUACCUCAAUGCCCUCUGCUUGAUAUAAUAAGAGAGUCAGAUUGGUCUUGUUUGUGCGUUUUCCUUCUUAAUACAUGACUCAGGAUCCGAUUCAGUUUCCUUUGUAGAUAUUAUCUCUUUCGCCAGCUGCUCUUAUGGCAAGUCAUUUCCACUUUAGCUGUACUCUGUUAUUUGGAUCUUAACUUUGAUAACAUCUGAAAACAAAUAUUAAAAGAA